UGGAGCAACCAACAUGGCACGGUGGUUGCUGAAUUCCUGUGUCCUGCUGCUGCUUCUGGCAGUGGGUAGUCUGCAGGCGCGCCUGAUCCCUCAGUUGUCCCUGGACGAUGGUCAGUUGGAGACCAAGGGAGCUACCUUCUUUGCUACUCCCCGUGUGGAUGACAACAGUGCUGACAACUAUCGACUGCCGAAUAAUACGGAACCAGAGUCCUAUAAUGUGGAACUCUGGACUAAUGUCCAUUCCGGCGAUACUCAAUUCAAUGGCACAGUGAAAAUCGAUCUCCGUGUGCUGGAAGUGUCCACGGAAAUCAAGCUCCACUACCGUCAGACAUCGAAUUUCGAAGCAUCGAUUAUCAGCAGGGAUGUGGCUACGCCCACUGCCAUUCCUCUAACUGUUGUCCCCGAACUUCAGCGCGAAUUCCUCUCCCUCACGCCGACGGACACCACAUAUUCCUUUGCUGCUAACACCAAUUGGACUCUCACAAUCAACUACAAUGGCACACACCGAUCUGAUAUGGGUGGAUUCUAUAUCUCCAGCUAUACAGAUGAUGAUGGCCAGAUACACUAUUUGGCCACCACUCAGUUCGAGAGCACCAACGCCCGUCAUGCCUUUCCCUGUUACGAUGAACCUGCUCGCAGAGCCAACUUUACCAUCACUAUCCACCAUGAUCCUUCCUAUACUGCCAUCAGCAAUAUGCCCGUGAAUGACUCUAUCACCAGCUCUGGAGUUACCGGCUUCGAGACCACACCUAAGAUGUCCACUUACCUGGUGGCCUUCAUCGUGUCCGAUUUUGAAUCUACCACCGGAGAACUUAAUGGUCUGCGUCAAAGGGUUUUCUCGCGCAAGGGAAAGCAGGAUCAGCAGGAAUGGGCUCUUUGGUCUGGUUUGGUUGUGGAGUCCAGUCUCGCCGGCUACUUUGGAGUUCCUUUCGCCCUGCCCAAACUGGAUCAGGCUGGUAUUCCAGACUUUUCUGCCGGAGCCAUGGAGAACUGGGGUCUGGCCACCUACCGUGAGCAGUACAUGUGGUGGAACAAGGAAAACUCAACGAUCAAUCUGAAGACCAACAUUGCCAAUAUUAUUGGACACGAAUACGCGCACAUGUGGUUCGGCGAUCUGGUUUCUGUGAAAUGGUGGACCUAUCUCUGGCUGAAGGAAGGAUUUGCUACCCUUUUCUCUUAUGAAUCGAACGACAUCGCCUUCCCCGAGUGGAACACCUAUCAGAUCUACCAUGUGAACGAUUAUAACAGCGCCCUGCUGAACGAUGCCCUGGCCACGGCCGUUCCCAUGACGCACUACGUCCAGACACCCAAUGAGAUCUCUAACCGAUACAACACCUUCUCAUACGCCAAGCCCGCCAGUGUUCUUUACAUGUUCAAGAAUGCCUGGUCGGACAAGGUUUUCCGUUCGGGAUUGAACAAAUACCUGACCAAGAACAAAUACACUUCCUGCGAUGAAUGGGAUCUGUUUGCUUCAUUCCAGGAGGCGGCCAACGAAUUGGGCCUGACGCUGCCCACAUCUGUGGACAACAUCUUCAGCAGUUGGUCCCACCAGGCCGGUUAUCCUCUGCUCACCGUGACCCGUAACUACGAUACAGGCACCGUGACUAUCACCCAGAAACGCUAUGUGGCGGACAAAAAUGAUGCUAAUGUGGCAACUUGGUAUGUGCCCGUCAACUUUGCCACUGCAUCCAAGCCCGACUAUCGCAACACGAGUGCCACGCAUUACUUGCUAAAUGUGACAGAGACCGUGAUCACGGAUAUCCAAGCUACCAGCACUGAAUGGAUCCUUGCUAACAUACAGAAUAGCGGCUACUAUCGCACUCUGUACGAUACACAGAACUAUGAACUUGUCACUGCAGUUUUGAAGUCAAGGCCCUGGGAUAUCCAUCCACGCAAUAGAGCCCAACUCUUGUACGAUACGUACAUCUUUGUGAACACCGACCGUUUGAGCCACAGUAUCCUGUUCAGCCUGCUCAGCUAUCUGAACAAUGAGGAGCAGUACGCACCCUGGUCUACGGCCAACACAAUUCUAACCGUGUACGAUCGUUAUUUGCGUGGUGAUGAUUCCUACUACAACUUCCAGGCAUUCGUAAAGCAACUGAUCGAUCCCAUCUUCGAGAAGAUCGGAGUGAACGAGAUUCCCGGGGAGCAUUAUCUUCACAACUAUCUGCGUAUUGUCCUGGUUAGCUUGGCCUGCCAGGUGGGAACUAGUGAUUGCUACACCCAGUCCGCCCAGAAGCUUUCCGAGUAUCUGUACAACGGCACUGCUAUCGAGGCCACUUUGAGAACUCAGGCCUAUUGUGCUGGUCUGCGAUCCACAACCAAUGAUGUAUAUGAAAGGGUUAAAUCAGAUCUAUUGAGCUCCACGGAUUCCACUGACCGCAGUCUGUUUGUCUCAUCGUUGGGCUGCUCAGGAAUUAAUAGCCAGCUUAUUGGAUUCCUACAGCUUUCCCUGGAUAGCACCAACAGCUUGAGCUACUCGGAGCGUACUUCCCUUCUUAACGCUGCAUAUUCCCGAAGUGAAAUCGGUCUAACUGCCAGCUUGGAUUUCCUGGAAACCAACUGGGAAAACUAUGCCAAGCUUUCGGAGACUGCAAAGCCCCUCGAUACGGCCCUGCGUGGUAUUGCCACCUAUGUGGUCAGUGAGAAGCAGAAGACAAGGCUCAACGCCCUGGUGGAUGUUGUGAAGGCAGAUGGUCCUGAUUAUCUCAACGAUGAUCUGAGCACCACCAUUGACUCUAGAAUUACAGCCAACUUCGAUUGGUUGGAUGUGAACCGUGAUCCAGUGCUCAAUUGGAUCGCCGACUCUUUCAAGGAGAGCAGCAGUCCCGCAUUGACUUCAUCCAUCAGCAUGAUCCUGGUCAGUGCGAUGGCCCUCCUGCUUUCCAAGCUAUUUUAGGUUAAUGUCAUGUGGUCAAGUAUUAAACAUAAAUUCAGUAAAAUAAAAUGAAUCAACAUUAAA